AUGCUAAUUUGUCAACAUAAAUAUGCAAGUAAACUCGCUGCUGGAGGAUUUUUCGAUCAACCGAAAUUCUGUGAUAAGUUGAAAACUGAAAUGAAAGAAAUAUUUUCAGUUGAAACAACUAUUACUAAGAUAGAAGACCAAAGCACUCUGGAAAACAUGAUUAUUAUAGAAUUCAAAAGUAAAGAUCAAAUAGCAAAUGAUACGGCACUCGAAGCAUUAAAAAUUCUUCUUGCAUCAGUGAUGACAAAGUUGGUCGAUCAGAACAUCGGUCAAUGGGUAAAAUAUAAAAAUUGUACGCGAAUUAUACAAGCGUAUGCUGACCAGAAUGAAUAUCUUCAAAUACUGUGUAGCCAUGAAGAAAUCGGCAUACUAAUAAGCUAUUUCAGUAAAGACAAAUCAACCGUACUUCCUACAUUAUGUACUACCGAUGCUUUUCUCGACAAAAUGUUACAAAAAUUUUUAUUCACUGAUAUUUCUUUACCAUGUAUCUCAGACUUAACAACAACUAAUAAAAGUUAUUUAGUACAAGCUAUUCUCAAUCUACAAAAUAAAAUACAAACUCAGAAUGUUUUUAUAAUGUUGGAACUACGAUGUAUUCAUUUAUUUGGUUUAAUUGAUACGGCCAGAGGAAUUGAAAAACAAAUUGAAGAAAUCAAGAUAAAACAUGCAUCAACUACCGUUGAACUUGUUUUAGAACAAAAACAAAUUAAAUUUUUAUUGGAUAUUCAUUCCGAUGAUCUGAGAGCACUUGAAACAAAUUAUAAUGAUACAACAAUUAUCAAAACUUUGCAAAAGAAAAAAAUAACAGCUCCAAAUUAUGCUCAUGACAUUAUAGAAAAGAAAAUAUACGUAUUAGCUUCACUGUGCAAACCAAUGGAUUUUGAAAUCCUAGAAGAAGAUUUUGGUUUAAUAGCACAUAACGAAUGUGAUAAUCUGAAAACUAUCGGUCGUCAAUACAAAUGUCAAAUCGAAAUACAAAGUGAAACGAAAAAUAAGAUUUAUGACAUACCCACAGCGUUAGUACAAGAUCAUAUUUCAAAUAAAUUAACAGCAUCAGCCAUUGAAAUACAUAAAAAUGAUCUAGCUGAGCAAGAAGUUGAUCUUGUUGUUAUUUGUUCGACAUCAAUGUAUCUACGUGAUGAUAUUCUUCGACGAGCUGGAGAAUCAGCGCAACAAGAAUAUGAAACAAUUAGCAAGAGAUCAUCUCUAGAACCUUUUGAAACGAACUCAGGAAAUUUAUCGUGUCGAAGACUUCUGUUUUUACCAUGGGAAAUAAAUGUAACAAGUCAAGAUGCAUUUUAUCAAUCGAUUCGAAAUUUUGUUAGUAAAGCUAUUCAGCAUGCAAUUAAAGUUCAUCAUACAUCAAUUGCUUUCCCAUCGAUUGGUUGUGGCAAAUUAAGUGUUGAUAAAAAUAUUGUUGCCAACGAGAUGUUAGUUGAAGCUCAAACACAAUUAUUAUCAGCUAAUGUUUUAUUACAAAUUAAUUUUGUAAUUUUGCCUGAACAAAAUGACGUAUUCGAAGCGUUUCAAAUGAAACUUGAAAAUCUUCAACGAGGCGACCUAGAAACAAAGAAUUUUCAAAUUGCAUACAAUUUUUCUACACUUAAAAUUACUAUCAUGUCCUCUAGUAUUGAAAAGCAAGAAGAAUGUAAGAAGGCCCUGAAUGAGUACGUAAAAAAAUCAAUUUUUACUUGUGUACCCAAACAUCAACAGGUGCUUAAAAGAUGGACCCAACCUGCUAUUAAUGCAUUCUAUAAAUACUGUUUUGAUCGAAAUGUUGUACCUGAUAUAAAUAUUGUUGUAGGCUCUUGUAAAUUAUUUGGUUUGAAAGCAGCAGUUGGAGACGCAGAAAAUGAAUAUUAUCGAGAACAUAUUAAACAAAGUGAACAAGCUCGUUUAAUUGCCAUCGCUCGAGAUAUAAUAUGGGCAUUUCAAAUAGAUGAUAAUACGUGGAUAAAAUAUAAAUCUGAAUUGAAUGCUCUUAUUGAAGAUGCAUAUUCGUCCAAAUCAUUGACAUUUUCAUAUAGCGAUGAUGAUUCUGUCAAGUAUACCAUUGAUUUCGAACAAAGUAUUGAAAUAUGUGAAAAAGCUCAAAUUCAACGUAAAAUUAUUCGAAAUCAUGGUUUUGAUUUACCACCAUAUUGGGCAGUGCAAACAGAGAAUAUUGCGCAAUUCCCAGUAGACGAAAAUUCAACUGAAUAUAAUGAAAUCCGUGCUUUAUUUGAUACAACCAUGACUAAUAAUUAUACUGUAAUGCAUCGUAUUGAGCGUAUUCAAAAUAAACAAUGGUACAUGCAAUACAAUUCAUACAAAAGUUUCUCUCCAAAGAAAAAUACAGAAAAAAAACUAUUUCAUGGUUGCCCAAAGGAAUCAGCUCAACUCAUCAUCAAUUCAUUUUUUAAUCGAUCAUUCGCUGGCAUCAAUGGUACCGCGUAUGGACGUGGAGCUUAUUUUUCAGCAAAUGCUAAGUACAGUAAUGGAUAUACGAAAGUUACUACAUCUGAUGCUAAAAAAUAUAUGUUUGUAGCAUAUGUAUUAGUGGGUGAUUGUGUUCGAGGAAAUACUAACAUGAAAACACCGCCUGCCGGUUUUGAUUCAACCACUGAUGGAGAUCAUAUAUUUGUUACAUAUCGUGAUGAUCAAGCUUAUGCAGCAUAUCUUAUUGUUUAUCAAUAA